GAAUCAGCUCAGACUGUCGUGCGGGGCACCGAAGAGAAGUGUGGCAGUAGCCGUGUGCGCACCGUCUCGGGCACCCGUCCCCCGUUCCUCUCCCGCCUUUCCGAAAACUCAGGGGAUGAAAGCAUGAGUGAUAGGGCCUUUGACUCCCUGCCCUCCUCCCCGUCUUCAGCCACGCCUCACAGCCAUAAGAUGGAGGGUCUCCAUUGGCCUGUUUUCAAUGAAGUCGACAACUUGGUUCACAAAGACCACGAAAACCUUGAUAAUCAGCGGGAUUCUGAAAACGGAGGCGACAGUGGAUGCCCCAGUGAGAAGAGGAGCGAUCACGAAGACAUGGAUCACCGGGAAAAGGGUCAUCCUAACUGCAACCGGAGACACGAAUCUGAUGAAGACAGCUUGGGAAGUUCUGCUCGGGUCAGCGUGGAUAAAUGGAACCUCUACAACGCAGCCCGAGUUCACAUUCACAGGCCUUCUUGCGUUGCAGUGGAAGUUCAGAGACUCAACGGCCUGGAGCUGGAGAAGAAGAUUGGAAAGUCCAUCCUUGGAAAGGUCCACCUGGCCAUGGUUCGGUACCACGAAGCUGGCCGGUUUUGCGAAAAGGACCAAGAGUGGGAUCAGGAUUCAGCUCUCUUCCAUCUGGAACAUGCAGCUGAGUGUGGAGAACUGGAGGCCAUUGUGGGGCUGGGCCUCAUGUAUUCUCAGCUGCCCCAUCACAUACUUGCAGAGAUCACUCUACAG